AUGGGGCAAUUGACUUUGUUAUCUGUGUUUUUGUUACUGGGAUUAAGUUUACCUGCUUUUGCAUUGAAAGAAGGAGAAUGUGAAGUGUGUGUGAAAACAAUAGAUAGAUUUUCUGACACGCUAACAGAGGAUGUGAGAAAGGAUUCGAAAAAAAUAGAAUCAGAGUUUAAGAAAUUCUGUAAAAAUUCCAAAGGCAAAGAAAAUCGUCUCUGCUACUAUUUGGGUGGAUUAGAAGAUUCAGCCACGGGAAUUCUUGUUGAAUUGAGCAAACCACUUACAUACUCACUGCCAUCAGAUAAAAUUUGUGAGAGAUUACGUAAAAAAGAUGCUCAAGUUUGUGAUCUCAGAUUUGAAAAACAAAUCGAUCUUGACAAGGUUGACCUGAAGAAAUUGAAAGUACGCGACCUGAAGAAAAUAUUGAAUGAUUGGGAUGAAAAUUGCGAUGGAUGCAUUGAGAAAACAGACUACAUUAAACGUAUCGAGGAACUUAAACCCAAGUACACUUCUAGUACAAAGAAAACUGAACUCUAA